UUCCACAUGAACAAAGGCGCAGGUGAAACUAGCUAUGCCAUGAACUCUUCCGUUCAGAACACAAUUAUCUCUUGUGCAGAGGCAUGGAGAAAGAAAGCCAUUGUGCAGAUUUUGUGCACGAGUUGGCCUGAGAAGAUGGGCAUUGCUGAUAUGGGUUGUUCCUCCGGCCCUAAUGCCUUGAGGGUGAUUUCUGAGAUCGUGGAUGGCGUCUACGCGACCACGCGUCUGUUGGAGUGGCCGCCGCCGGAGUUGGUGGUGCAUUUGAACGACCUCUUCGCCAAUUAAUCAAAUCCCUAAUUCCAAUUUAAAAAAAAAAACCUAAUUUGAAACAACAACCAAGAACGCGAUCCCCACCACCCACGAGAACGACCACUGAGAUGCCAAAACAAACCCUCCCUCUUUGCACCACGAAUCGGACCGACCAACGUCCUUGUGCAGUCGCCGCGACCUUGCUGCACCAUCGAUUUGUUAUCGUCCGCUGCACCUCCACAAGGUCUCUGUCUCUGCUCGAAAACGCAAAAUAUUAUUGCUCCCAACGUUGAGUCUGUUCGCGUU